AUGAACCCGUCAGUCACACGUCAUCUUGGACGAUCCCUCUACCAACUUCGCUCAGCAACAUCGCGAUACCAGCUAAGAACCAUGGCAUCAGCCACGAAAGACGGCUGGUCCGCCAACCAAUACGUCAAGUUUCUCAACGAGCGAACGCAGCCCGCUGUUGAUCUGCUCUCCCGAGUCCCCGCAACUUCACCCAAGCGAGUUGUUGAUCUGGGCUGUGGUCCCGGCAACUCCACCGCCGUAUUGGCAGAGCGCUACCCAGAUGCGGAUCUCUCGGGAAUUGACUCCUCGCCCGACAUGAUACGGAAGGCCAAGGAGACGCUGCCAGGCGUGGCUUUUGACGUUGCCGACUUACAGGCGUACAAGCCUGAUGGACCUGUCGACGUGCUCUUCUCAAACGCCGUCCUUCAGUGGAUUCCAGCAGGAAGCCGAAUCCAGGUAAUUCGUCAACUGUUGGAGCAUCUUGCGCCCGGCGGCUCUUUGGCAGUCCAGGUCCCCUUCAACCUAUCGGAGCCUUCGCACGUCGCCAUGAAAGAAACGGCCUUUGCCCCCAACGUGCCCUGGACAGAAAAGCUCAAGGCUGCAAACCCUGUCCGAGAAGAAUUCCCCGACCCAUCUGAGCUCUACGACGGGCUGAAACAUCUUUGCGCCGACUUGACAAUCUGGAAGACGACAUACUACCACACCAUGGAGAAUCACGAGGGCAUUGUUGAAUGGGUCAAGGGCACAGGCCUACGUCCCUUCCUCGACCCUUUGACAGAAUCAGAGCGCAAGGAGUACACUGAGCAGUAUAUAGCGAGACUGAGAGCCGCUUAUCCUACGCAGAAGGACGGAAAGGUUGUUUUGCCGUAUCCUCGACUGUUUGUAGUCGCUAUCAAGGCAUAG